UAAAGACGUUCGAAAUUUUGGACACGAUUCGGUAUUGUCGGAUAAUAUUAUUACGCGUUCUUCCAAGCGGGCGCGGGAAUUGGAAUCUACAUUGGGUGGAAAAAUUGUCGCCCAAUCACCACCCAACUCCUCCAUUAACGGUCUCUGUGUUUGUUUUUCUUCGCCAACGGUUUUUCCCGAGUUUCCGUCGUUUAACAUGUUGUGGUAUGAAAUGUGAAAAGUGGCGAUCCACGGAAAAUUAUGAAAUGGGGAAAUUUAUGUGGCGUUGUGGAAAAAUUUGAAAAUGUUGACGACGAUGUGAUUGUAUGAAUCAGCGUCAAUCAAGAGAUGAAGAUGAAGGCAAGAGUCAACCGUCAAAAUUUAUGGUUGUGCAUUUUUCCGUCGGUGUUUAGCAUCGCAGCGUGAGUUCGCGGGAUUGGCGCGUUUUUUCUCGGCAAGCCAUCGCGUGCCCUGACUUGCAGGGUUCCAUCCAAAUAGCUGUUGUGGCCUGCGUUGCAUUGAUUAAAGUACCUUCCUUUUCUUCGCGCUGUGGAGUUAAUAAUGAAGCCAAGUGGGUGGUAUGUGAGUGCGUAGAGAAUGAAAAGCACGAAAAUGGUACAGAUUAUCGCAGAAGAAAUGGUGCAUGGAUAGAAGAAGAGGUUUAAAAAAAAUUGAUUCUCUCGCACAAGUGGAGGAAUGCAAAAAGUGCAGCACGAUAGUCGGGAAAAAUGCUUUGAUGGAUGAUCGUAGUAGAUCAACAUUUUCCCGUGGCGUGUUCUCAUCCCAGACCGAGUAGGACGAGUGCGAGCUGCUACCAUCAAAGAACACGUUAGAAGUUGUCUCCAAAGGAAUUUAAAUCAUCUUUAAAGAAAUGGACAUCAUUAUUGCAAGUGGUGCAUGAAAAAUCAAUAAAAUCGCUCAUGAUUGUUUCCUAGAAAAAAAAAAUACUAAGUAGUGCCACUGGAGAAAGUCAUCAGCAGAAGAGGAAAAAACCCUCUAUAACACUUAGUGUACUGCACCGAGCAAGGACGCUUCUUCUCCCAGUCCCGGGUCAGUUCUGAGGCAGAAUGGUACGGGUUGUAAUAUUUUUACGACCACAUCAAAUACUGCUUCGCUGCCGUCAUUGUGGUUGUUGCUGUUGCUGUUUCUCCGGGGAUAUCUGUUGCUACCAGCGUCCGGGCUACGGUCGAUGUGCUAUACAUUUUGGGAUCCGAUCUGGGUCCUGCACCAGCUGCUGUCCUGAUGAUGACUACAUCUCACCCGCCACCAUCGACACCGCCGUUGAUGAAGAAGAUGUAAAUAUUAAGAUAGAGGAUGUUCCAAAUAGAAAUGCUUUUACUGCUUCCGUCGUUGCCAUAUUGAGACAUUCGAAAGCACUGAUAACUGACACAUAGAGUGAGAAAGUGAGUGAAAGAGUGCCAGAAAAACUGAUACCAUUGCCAAGGGAAAAUCUAAACAAAGAUUUUGCACAAAGUAAACUUAAGACGAGUGGAACAGGGAGAAAUGCAUCUUGUUAAGGAAAACUUGGUGAUAAGUGAUGUGGAGGCGUCCUUGGCGAAUGAACACAAGGGCGAAGACCUAGUGGGCAUACCGAUUACCACCUACAGCCAAAUGGGUUACGCAUUGAAGCAGCUGGAGCUCAACUCAACCGAUUUUGGGUCGAACGUUGUGCAUUUGUCCAACAUGGGUGAAAGCGACCUGAAGACAAACGACACGAAUUUCAACCAUACCGAGCAAGUGAUUGAUAGCUUCUACUUUUACGAGACUGAACAAUUUGCAGUAUUAUGGAUUCUAUUUGUAGUGAUUGUGCUAGGGAAUGUGGCUGUGCUGGUGACGUUGUAUUUGAACAAGAACCGGAAAUCUAGGAUGAAUUUCUUCAUAAAACAACUGGCAAUCGCAGAUCUCAGCGUUGGAUUGCUAAGCGUGUUGACGGACAUCGUGCAGAGGAUUACCAUUUCCUGGCUCGCGGGCAACGUGGCCUGCAAAGUGAUACGGUUCAUCCAGGUGUGGGUCACGUACGGCUCUACCUACGUGCUGGUGGCCCUCAGUAUCGACCGAUACGAUGCGAUAACUCAUCCGAUGAACUUUUCCGGAUGCUGGAAGAGAGCUAGAAGACUGGUGGGGGCCGCGUGGGGAUUUAGCGCAAUAUUUUCUUCGCCUAUGUUCUACCUCUACGAGGAACGAGUAAUUCAAGAUCAACUCCAAUGUUGGAUAGACCUCGGUAGUCCGUUUCGGUGGCAGUUAUACAUGUGUUGGGUUGCCAUUUCCCUCUUUGUGAUACCAGCGAUCAUCAUCUCCGCUUGUUAUGUGAUAAUCAUCAAAACAAUUUGGUCAAAAGGGUCGGUGCUGGGUCCGGUCGGUGGAAAACAUCGAUACCGCAACGGAAGUGCCGAACUAGCUAGGCGGAGAGCCAGCUCCCGAGGUAUCAUUCCAAAGGCGAAAGUGAAAACCGUGAAGAUGACCAUCGUAAUCGUGAUAGUGUUUGUACUCUGCUGGUCACCGUACAUCGUAUUCGAUUUGCUACAGGUUUUCGAACAAAUUCCCAAAACGCAAACCAACAUCGCCAUCGCGACCUUCAUCCAAAGUCUGGCGCCGCUCAAUUCGGCGGCUAAUCCGCUGAUAUAUUGCCUCUUUUCGACGCAUUUCGUCAGAACGUUAAAAAGACUUCCACCAUUCCGAUGGCUGUUCUCGUCAGGCUGGUGUGGUACACCUCCGGAAGAUGUCGUUUCUCACAAUGGCAGCGGACAGACAAGUAGUAGCCGCAUGCGAAACCAGCACAGCAGUGAUUCCAUGAGAACUCUCACCACAUCGCUGACAGUUUCCACCCGUAGACCAGCCACCAUCCUGAGAACUUCAAGGGUGAUUAUUUAGCAGCGGGGGUCCAUCGGCACCGCUUACGUUCCAGCCCGAGGAGUGAGGGUCAGCCAUGGUGGGAAAAUAUUCCUGGUACAAACAGUUUCGUAAAACUAAAGCGCAAAAAGAUCUAGUCAAAUUUUUACCUUACUUUUAAGAAGCGACUAAUAUUAAGGAACCCUUUACGAUGCAACUUUUACGGUUACCAUUACAAUUUUCGAUGAAUAUUCUAUAUUUUCUGCCGUUUGCAACCUAGAUACUAAUAUUAUCUGUUAGUCGUGAUAGAUUCUAAACUGUAAAAAACAAAAACAAAUCUCAUACCAAGCGCCAGUUCCUGGAAGGUUUUCUAGCCUUACGGAUACAUGUUUUCUAAGGCGUUGUACAAGUGCUUUAACUGUCUAUGGCAACAACGUGUAUACCAAAAAAAAAGAGUAGAAAACACGCAAAUGUAAAUAUGAAAACGAAAAAAUCUUUAAAGUGAUGUCCAUAUACCACGUGAACAAUUGAGAGAGAAGGGAGUUGGAAAGUGUCCAACUAAUUAAAACUGUAUAAGUGGUUUGUGGACAACUCCUUAUCAUACCCUUAAAUCCCAUUAAAGAAUGAUGCAUUUAUACAUUUAUAUCACUACACGAAUGGAUUAAUGUUAUCACUUUGUAUUAAUACGUUAGACUGACAUUCAGCGAUGUACAUUUUAAACUUUUACCAACCUAACCACCUGUGAAAAUAGCAUUAAACAAAGUCUAUGGAUAUGUUAGAAAAUAAAAGCGUUAGUCUGUUGGAGCUACGACAUGUUCUAAGAAUUAACCAAUGUAAACCUUUCGUUUACUUAAUAUAUU